AUGGCUAAUCAUUUCUUAGGGGAGUACCCCAAACCCUCUUGCCAACUUUUUAAACCAUAUAAAUUUGGUUCUGAGGGAGGGGUGCAAGUCGAAAGGAUACUCACCUACUUUGCCUCCUCUCACGUCAAAUCUGGACUCACCCCCGCAUCGUCCCUGUGGACGGAGCGACAGGAGACAUCUCCGUGCGCAGCGGCGCUCGACCGGAAGUUGUUCUCCAUCAGCAACCAGUGCUCGGUGGUCCUCGAGUCUCCCGGCACCCUUGCCAAUUUAACCGGAAAUAAGUGCACCAUGUUUGAAGUGUUUUACCAGUGCAGCUAUAACUAUAUACCAUCAAGUUUGCGGUAUACUGAGUGUGAACGUCAACACACGGAAUUACGUAAAGUAGCGUACAAUAACGUCGCGAACGUGGCGAGCAACGUCAACAACGUCCCCUUACUGUCAGACUUCACAGACUGCGUGGAUCGGCCGGUGAUGACUCCUGGUGACGUUUGUAACAGCCCCGAUAAGCUGCUGGCUAUCGUGGACACGCGCUGCUACCGGAAGUUCCGUCUCCUUACUGAUUCCAACGUCUGUCAAAUUCUCAGUGAGUUUGUAUACGAGUGCAGUCCGUUGGUUCUCGGCCAGCUAGGAAUUACAUGCGCAGACGACAGUGUUAUGCACGCACUGACAACGCUCUCUGACGUCAUCAAACAAGCAUACUACUUGGAUGUUGGAAAGUUGCAAGCAGAGAACGAAGGGAAAUGUAUAGAUAAAUCACGAUUGCAGCAGGCAGGAACGUUGUGAACGGAUGACAUACUGUGACUUGCUAGAAGCAUGAAGCAUUUACAUUUGCUCAAAAAUAGUGCCCAUCUACUCCAUGUAUCAACGUGUUCAUAUUAUAAUUACAUUCGAACCCCGUUGGCUCGAACUCCCAGGGAUCGGCGAUAAUACUUCGAGCCUCGGAAAAAUCGAGCCAAGCGGGAAUGCUUACAUUUAGUAUAAAGAAAUCGGUCCUUUACAUAAAGUUCGAGCCAACAAGGAAUUCGAGCCAAUCGAGUUCGAGCCAACGGUGUUCGACUGUAUUGAGAUGUACCUCUGUGACACUGUUGGAAGUGUAUCAGCAUUAGACCAUAUCAAUGUUAUUUAUCCUUGUCGUUAUGUCCAAUAUAUAGCAUGUUAUAAGUAAUAGUUACCGCAAACACUGCUCGUGUUAUUCAAAUGAUACACGAGCGCGAAGCGGGAAGGUGAACUCUUAAUCACGAGGGUUGUUGAUGGAGUUGUAAUUAUUUUGUUCCAUAUGUUUAUGGACAGCAUUUAGUAAGUAGUGUGCGUAUAAGUGAAUAGCGUUGGGGGUUUUCCGCACGUUAGUUAUUGCACGGUUAAGCUCCGCCUACUUGGUUACCGUUCCGAUAAGGGGGAUUAUGUAUAAAUAUUUAACUAUA